AUAAAGUAGUCUCCGGUGCGAUGGCGUGUGGUGUGGUUGUGUUUUGACGUUUAAGAUAAACAAACCAAAGAUAAAAUUUAAAUUGUCGCGGGUUCACCUGGACCUACCAUUAACCGUGGACAGUUUUUUGUUGAAAAUUGAGGAAAAACCCCACAGUAUCCUCUGUCCGCUUCAUUAGGAGAUCUGGUGGUCCUUCCAAACAUUAAUAAGAUUCAAAUCCGCCAAAUCUGCAAUGCAGUGGAGACCAAACUAUCGUUAAAUUGAUCGUAACACAAAUUUGAAAUAUAUCGUACAAUGCAUCAGCCUUCAUGACCUGAAAGAAAAUUCAAGUGCGCCCAGGAAAUAAAGUGAAACAAAGUACACCAUGACGGUAUCCACCAAAUUCUGCAGAAGAUUGUCACCAAAAGUGUUCGCUUACUCCGCCAUAAGUGUGACUGUUCUACUCUGCAUUUACUAUGCUAGUUAUACGACAGACUAUGGAACGAAAAAUGGUAAUUUUCGGCAUUCCGGCAAAAGGAAAGAAUGGGAGAAGCUUCAAAAUGAAGAGGUGAAAGUGGGGAAAUCGUCGUUUUUGUCUAGUAAGGAGGAAUUCGUGGAGAGAUAUUUGGAAUGUCCCAAAUUGAGCCAGGCAGAGGCAGAUGUCAAUACGGUGGAAGUAUUCAAGGAUUUCGAAUUUCAGCCUAGUUGGAUGAAAACCAAAGAAUAUUGGGACAAAUCCUUCGAUGAUCGAUAUGAAAGGCAGAAAAUGGAUCCUGAAAGACCUCCACUGAAGGUGAUAAUCGUUCCACAUUCCCACAACGAUCCAGGAUGGCUUAAAACAUUCGAAAACUACUUCCAUUACACGUCCAGACAAAUAAUGAAUCACAUGGUCUCCAAGCUGCAGCAGCACAAAAACCUCACAUUUAUUUGGUCCGAAACGGCAUUUUUGAACGCUUGGUGGGAAGAGGCCCACCCCAGUAAGCAACGAGCGUUAAAAAACCUUGUCAAAUCUGGAAGGUUAGAAAUAGUAACCGGAGGAUGGGUGAUGACCGAUGAAGCUAAUGCGCAUGUGUUUGCCAUGGUAGACCAGCUUAUAGAAGGUCAUCAAUGGGUUCUCUCAAACCUUGGUGUCAAACCCAAAUCAGGCUGGUCUGUGGAUCCGUUUGGUCACGGAAGCACUGUUCCCUAUCUCUUGGCAAAAUCAGGCAUCAAAGGAACAGUGAUACAAAGAAUACAUUACGCUUGGAAACAGUGGCUGGCUUUGAAACAAUAUGGUGAUUUUCGAUGGAUUCCGCAGUGGUCCCCGUCUGAUCCAUCUGGAACACUCUUAACACAUAAUCAGCCGUUCGACAUCUACUCCAUCAAACACAGUUGCGGACCACAUCCAUACAUUUGCCUUAAUUUCGAUUUCCGAAAGGUUGUAGGUGAAUACACCGAAUAUUCCAUCAAAGCUCAAGAAAUAACAGACAAAAAUAUAAAGCAGAAAAGCGAACUUCUUCUGGAACAGUAUGCCAGGACUGGAUCUCUCUUCCCCCACAAUGUUGUAUUAAUUCCUCUUGGAGACGACUUCAGAUAUAACGUACUAGAAGAGUGGGAUCAACAAUACACAAAUUACAUGAAAUUAAUCAAUUAUAUCAACGCCAACAAAGAUGUUUACAAGGCAGAGGUGAAAUUUGGUACUCCACACGAUUAUUUUGAAGAAAUUACUAAACGAUUUGAUCAAUUCCCAACACUAAAAGGGGAUUUCUUUGUUUAUUCUGAUAUUUUCUCUGAAGGAAGACCCGCCUAUUGGUCGGGAUAUUUCACUACAAGGCCUUUCAUGAAAUUAUUAGACAGAGAACUUGAACAUAAUUUAAGGAGUGCAGAAAUAUUAUAUACUAUAGCAUUCAAUGUAGCUAGACAAAAUAAAUUGAAACCUCACAUUAAAAUUCUUGAACGCGAUUUCGAGGGUUUGGUGAAAUCCAGGAGGAAUUUAGGCCUUUUUCAACAUCAUGACGCCAUAACUGGUACAAGUAAAUCAUUUGUGAUGAGGGACUACGGUUUGAAACUCUUUGAGGGAAUUAGGGACACAAUAAGAAUACAGCAAAAUGCGUUACAGAGUCUGUUAUUUCCGAAUAUACAAAUAAAGUCAAAUCAAGAUCUAAUUUUGAGUGAUAUGGAACGUGAAUCUUACGAUAAAAUGGCGAAAAAAUUCUCAAUCACAAUUGGUCCAGAACAAACUCGAAAGGUUCUUCUGUACAAUUCCUUGAGUCAACCACAAGAGCAUGUGAUAAAAUUGAGAACAAAUACCAGCAAUGUGAAAAUUUUAGAUAAUGAAAACAACGAUGUCCAACACCAGAUAAGUCCGGUUUGGGAUUCGAACCAAGAUAAUACUCGAAUGAUGAUUUCUAAAACUGAAUUUGAAAUUAUUUUCAUUGCUAAAUUAUCUGCUUUGUCGGUUUCUACAUAUACAGUAGUAUAUUCUACCACUUCUUCUUCAAAGCUGUCAACUAUAUACUGUAAUAAGUGUCAGAGAGAGCCACAUGUCAAUAGCGAUCACUCGCCACCACCGCAAGAAGAACCCAUUGAAUCAAUAUUCACCUUAAAAAACAUUCCACCCGGAGAUAUUCAAUUAGAAAACCACAAACUGAAAAUUUUAUUCAAUGGUAACACAGGUUUACUGAAAACUGUAACCAGAAAACACAACCCGAAAAUAAUGCAGUGUGGAAUUCAUUUUGGAGCAUAUAGAAGUGCCCAAUUUCAUUCUGGUGCAUAUCUAUUUAUGCCAGAUCCGAACGAGAGAGAAAUUGAAAAAGAUGUCCUACAAGGAUACAAAGAUCAGAUGAGUAUAUUAAUCACAUCAGGUUCAGUUUAUAGUGAGUUAACUGUUAUUUAUGGCCCUUUCCUUGUACAUAGUGUUACAAUAUUUCAUGAUGAUACAUCAGUAUUUUCUGCUGGAUUGAACAUAGAAAAUACCAUCGACUUUGAAAAUCCCCCUAAAAAUAGAGAAACUGAAAUGUUUAUGAGAAUAAUUUCUGACGUUCAAAAUGGUGAACCACCAGAAUUUUAUACAGACUCCAAUGGUUUCCAAACCCAAAGGCAUAUUAAAAUAGAAAGAAUAGGCAUCGAAGGCAACUAUUUUCCUAUAACCACUAUGGCUUAUAUUCAAGACGAAAAUAUAAGACUGAGUUUGUUGACGACUCACGCUCAAGGGGCAGCUAGUUGGCAGCCAGGUUUCCUAGAAGUAAUGUUAGAUCGGAGGACAUUAUAUGAUGAUUCUAGAGGAAUGGGAGAAGGCAUAGUGGAUAACUACCCUACACUCCAUCGCUUCUGGCUCCUAAUCGAAGAUAUAUCAGUGGAACCUGCUUUAAAUACCAAUCUGAAGCGCUUCGAAAACGGUGAUGAUAACUUCGAAAAAGGGGAAGUCCUACGAUAUUUCAAUAGUCCUACAGAGUCCACAGAUGCUAAACAAGAACGUUACUCAAGGCCUUCCUUAUAUUCUAAUCAUUUAUCGAAUUCCUUGAUAUAUCCAGCAAAUGUUUAUUUAUUAGACCCAAGUUAUCAAGAUUAUGUUAAUAGUACCAUCGAGUUGGUCAACAAGCAAUUUCCUUGUGAUGUUCAUUUAAUGAAUCUAAGAACCCAACCCGAUUCAGUUUAUUCUCAGUUUCCCUCAAAUAGUGCUCUUUUAGUUUUACAUAGACAAGGUUAUGACUGUAUGGUGAGCAGUAACUAUACUUGCAACGCUACGAUGUUUAAUGGCGAAAGUUCAUUUAAAUAUGCAAAAGUGAAGAAUUUCGAAGUAAAAAGUUUAACAGGAAUUGAAACACUUGCCGAAAAUGUGUCAAAGCUCGCUGAUAUUUAUAUAGAAUCUAUGUCGAUAAAAACUCUGAAUGUUACUUUCGAAUGAUCUUGUUAUUUUUUAUUAAUUCAGUACAAUAUAGAGUGAUUUUUUAAAACUCUCAUGAACAACUUGAAUGACAGAUGAGCAUAUCUUAAAAUUGUCGUAUUAGCAAAAAAAAUCAUCACUUUAUGAGUGCAGACAGUAUAUUUGGGUGAUUUGUAGUUGAUAAAGUGUCGAAUUUGAUACAAUUUGCAUAAGUUACUCAUCUUCAGUUAAAAUGCACCGAAAAAAAGGUUUGAACUAUUCAAAAAGUUUCAUGGAAUGUAAAUGAUCACUCUGUAUAAUUCAGAUGAAUACUGUAGAUAAUUGUAUAUAGAAAUGCGACUAUUUUUGUUGAAUGUUGUAAUAUUGUAGUGUUUCACUUUUAAAUGUAUAUUUCUUUUAGCUACAUUCAGGUUCCCUAGAAAGAUAUUUUUAGUUCGGCUUAACUUUUGUCGUCUUUAUCAAAUCGAACCAUUUAUGUAGGGGACUUGCCAAAUCGGUGAAUUCUAAAUCAAAUUUGAUACUUUUUAAAAUGUUUCGUGAAUUAUCCUUCGGAAAUAAAUGUGUUUUUAUUAGUAGACUGUAAUUACAAUUUUGUUACAAAUGAAAUUCCUGAAGAUUUUGCUAUGAAGUGAUAAUAAAUUUUUUAUUUCUGA